AAAUCACGAACAAUUUAUUUCAUUGACAGUGGAUGGAAAAUGUAAAUUUUCUAGUCUAGACCUUGGGACGUAUAUAACCAUGGCAUUUUCCUGAAAAUUGUCGUUCGCGCUAUUCAUAUCAUGUCUGCCUCAAAGGACAAAUGUCUACAAAUGAGCUACCGCAUCGGUCGCGGCGAACAAGGUGUGCUAAGCUUCGAACCGUAUAAAUCCGCCUUACUCCCUCUCUGGCGAUUCCGUACUCUAUCAGUUGCCAGGAAAAGUGCAGAGGAUCUGUGGAUAAAGUUCCAAGAGUAUGAAGAACAAGGUGACUUUGUAGGAAUGGAUAUGACCAGGAAGUUCUUGCAAAUGGGGAUGACACGGGCAAAAAGAUACGCAAAUCACGCUGGAGGAAGAAAGUACUCGAAGGAGACUGGGAAGGAGCUCCAAAAAUCCAGCCAACAUCCUGACGCAGCCGAGAAACUCGCCGUAUCUGACCUUUUUCGAGGGUACUGGAACAGGUGCCUUAGCCAUGAUGGAUAUCAAGAGAAGAAGAAAGCAUUUCUCAAAGAGCAACAUGAAUGGGAUAAACUUCAGCGAAGUAGCAUAUCCAGGAAAUGAAAAUAAUAGCAAGAUGAGACUGAAAGUAUAGAAGAAUACCAAAGAUGAACGUC